CAGUUGCAGGCGGCUGUCAGAAAGCGGCAGGGCCGACGUGGUUCGCGAUGUCAAUAAUUGCCUCCAGUGAUUAUUGAUCUUGAAGUCUUUCUCGUCAAUGGAUUUGCAUAAUUGCGAUUUUCACCACCAUGGUCAAUUUGGAAGGCAAAGAGAUUGGUUUCUUGGCAGACAAGCAUCGCACCAACAAUAAUUCCGUAUAAAUGCACGGGCUUGUUAUGAUUACGAGUUGCGCAGGGGUGGUUUUGAUGAACCCCUGAGAAGAAAUUUAAAGUCGUUUUUCGCGAUUUCAAACGGAAUCGCAAUGGCUUCAUCCUGUCAAUUUUCGGCCUGUGCCUCUUUUGUGUAACGGCAAAAUUCAACCCUGCCUGCUGCCCAAAUGAGGUCUUCCUGUCUACUUGUGGCCUCGCUGGCUGCCAGCGUUACUGCGGCGCCCGUGGUUGCAUCGGAGGUCGAUCUGCCGAUUUCAGCCAGAUCCGAUGAGGUUGAUUCGGACUGGACGGCCGUUUACUACAGUGACACCAACCCAUUGCUAAUUGGCAACGAUGAGGGUUCCAGCUCCGGCGGUUUCCGUCUAUUCGACUUAAAUGGCGAAACUUCAUUGACGGAGACAAAGCACGAAACCCCCGGUCGAACCAAGCUCGUGACCACUGUAUACGGUAUUGAUGGGAAGGACCUCAUUGUUACCAUCGCGCAGCCAGAUUCGUACUUUCGCCUUUAUGACGCGGCCACGGCUGAGCAGGUUGGUGAACCGAUUGGACGCACUUUAGGAGAUUGGUCGGCUCUUUGCCCUUGGAAGAGUCAGGACAGCGGGGAACAGUAUCUGUACUUGUUCGGCAAGAAGCAGGCUGUUCACUUCCUUCUGAGGGGUGCCAAUAGCUCGUACGAACUUGUCGAAAUCCAGACUUUCGCAGUUCCAAUCGAAGCAUCAGCUUGUGCCGUAUCUCUAUCUGCAAAGUCAGUGUACUUCGCGACCGAUGAUACCUCAACAGUCUACACCUUUGCAGCAGCCGAGGCAACCACAGUACCUGAAAUUAAGGUCCUCGGAGAAGCCAAAGACGAUGUUACUGGAAUCGCAGCCUACAUAGGAAAUGAUUCCGAUUAUCUCUUCGUUUCUCGGGAUGAAGGGAUAUCCGUCUACGACACCUCAUUCGCGCUUUUGGGUUCUAUGACAGUUACUGGAGAUAGCGAUGUUGAGAUCGAAGGCCUUAAUAUCUACCAAGCACCCACGGAGAAGUACCCCGCUGGCGCAGUGACAUAUGCUAUCGAGAGCGACUCGGGUGAGGGUUUUGCUGUUAGCUCAUUGGAGGAUGCAUUCAAAGGUCUUGGGUUGGAUGUCAAUACCGCUUAUGAUCCCCGUGCCACGCUUUCAAAGAUUUCUACCCCCAUUUCGUCUGAGUGCAGUUUCAAUGGUUUCCACCAGAGUGCAUACGGGCCUUCGUGUUCAUGCUUCGCGGGCUUCGAGGGAGAUACUUGCGCGGACUUUACCUGCCAAAACGACUGCUCGGCUCAUGGCAAAUGUGUCAGCGGGAACAUCUGCGAAUGCGACGAUGGAUGGGGCGGUCUGUACUGCGCUUUCAAAGUGGUAGAACCUGUCCUCGAGACAGACGCAUAUGGUGGUGACGGAGACGAUCCGGCAAUUUGGAUCUCGCCAGUUAAUAAGUCGCUUUCGCGAAUUAUCACAACGACGAAAUCGGAACAAGGUGCCGGACUCAGCGUAUUUGACCUUAACGGAAAACGACUCCAGACAAUAACCGCCGGUGAACCAGACAAUGUCGACGUGAUUUAUGAUUUCCAAGCUGGGAAUAGGACCAUUGAUUUGGCUUAUGCUGCUUGUCGGGAGGACAAUACUUUGUGCCUCUUCGAAAUUACCGCCAAUGGAACUUUACAGACAAUUGCUGGCGGCUCACAGCCAACUAAGGACGACUACAAGGUUUACGGCAGCUGUGUAUAUCGAUCGCGCAAGACCGGUAAACAAUAUCUUUUCGUCAACGCCAAGACCGCCGAGUACCUUCAGUAUGAGCUGUCAUGGGCCGAUGGCGCAUUGCAAACUAGUCUUGUGCGCAACUUCACGGGAGGUUCUGGAGGCCAGGUAGAAGGGUGCGUUUCAGAUGAAGCGAAUGGAUGGAUUUUUAUAGGCGAGGAACCGCACGCUCUAUGGCGCUAUGGAGCGGAGCCAGAUGAUGAUUCAAGCGAGGGAUUCCUUAUCGGUGAAGUUGGCGAUGGAAAGAUGUAUGCUGAUGUUGAGGGCGUCACAUUGGUCGAAGGCUCUUCGGCCGAUAAGGGUUUCAUCAUUGUCAGCCAGCAGGGUGUAAGUGCGUACAAUGUGUACCGUCGCGGAGCCCCCCAUGAGUACGUGGAGACAUUCACGAUAUACGAGAACUCGGAGAAAGGCGUCGAUGGUGUUUCCAACACGGAUGGCCUUGCGGCUAUUGGUACGGGUUUAGGCGAUGCGUUCCCCAACGGAUUAGUAGUCGUUCAUGAUGAUGCCAACCGACUACCGGAAGGAGGUACAAGUGAUGAAGCGAGCUAUAAGUUUAUUAGCCUUGCGGAUGUACUCAGUGAUGAACAAUUGAAGGAGCUCGAUGCGGAUUGGGAUCCCAGAGCCUCAUAGUGGCGCCAUUGCUUAGUUUCGUUGAGUACGCUAUAUGUUGCGAAAAUUUCUCACUAUAUACCUAGGU